AUGAUAAUUAAUAUAGUUUUAUGUGUUGUGACGUUGGUUGUAGUAUGGAUUUACUUAAGAUGGAUAAAUUUGAGGGACUACUGGAAAACCCGAGGUGUUCCCUUCGCUUCGCCCCAUCCAAUAAUGGGCAGCAUGACUUUUUUGCAGCGAGAAAAUCCGGCUGUGUGGAUGCGAAGAAUCUAUGACACAUACAAAAGUCCAUACGUCGGGAUCUGGAUCUUCCAGAGGCCAGCUCUCAUCAUUAACUCACCAGAAAUCGCUCGGCGGGUAUUGGUCAAGGAUGCUUAUAACUUUAGAGACAGAUUUGUCAGUUCUGGUUCUACUGAUCCUAUAGGAGCUCUAAACUUGUUCACUGUCAAUGAUCCCAUAUGGACAGAAGUAAGACGACGAUUAACAGGCGUUUUCACAUCCGCGAGACUAAAAUCCAUGCAGCCUUUCAUCAGAUCCAAGACUAAGGAAUUAUUGACACGGAUUGGUAGAGAGAAAAGUGACAAUUUGAGUCUCAGGUUCAUAUUCUCUGACAUCACAACGGAUAUAAUAAGCACCGCAGCGUUCGGCGUGGCCGGAGACGCGACCCUCACGGGGCAAAGCCCAAUGAGGGAAGUAACUCUGCAGUUCCAGACUUUUGAUUUCUACCGAGGAUUGUCAUGGAGUAGCAUCUUCUUCUGUCCAAGCCUUGUGGAUGUAUUUGGAUUCUCUCUAUUCCCGAAGUCAUCAACAAACUACUUCAGGAGAGUGUUCCAGCACGUUGUGGAACAGCGCAAAGAGAGUAUUCAAAAAAUAGCUGAGCCCAAGGACCUACUGGAUGCACUACUCAAGCUUAAGCAAGAAAACAGCGACGGAAAAACUGUAUUCUCUGACGAUCUGAUAAUAUCGCAAGCGGCCAUUUUCCUGCAAGCGGGCUUCGACACGUCGGCCAUCACUAUGUCCUUUGUGAUAUACGAACUCGCGCACCACCCGGACUAUCAGGAAAGGCUGUAUAAAGAAUUGCUCGAAGCGAAGGAAGCUAGUAAUGGAGACGAAAUCGAUUCCCAGAAACUCUCGGAGCUGUCUUACCUCAACGCUGUCUUGAAAGAGACUGAAAGAAAAUAUCCAAUACUCGGCUGGCUUGAUAGGAUUGCGGCUGAAGACUACAAGGUGGAUGAUAAAUUGACCAUCAAAGCUGGCACCCCCAUUUAUGUGAACGCAGUUGGGAUGCACUUUGACCCACAAUACUUCCCCGACCCAGAAAUUUUUGAUCCUGAAAGGUUUAUGCCUGAAAAUGAGAAGAUGAUUACACCAUUCACUUAUAUGCCGUUUGGGGAAGGGCCUAGAAACUGCAUUGGAAAACGUUUCGCCAUCCAGAACAUGCAAAUAAUUAUCCCGGCUAUCCUCCUGAAGUACGAAGUUCGUCCUCUCCCCGGAUCACCAAAACCUAGAGACCUGGAAUUUGAGAAGAAAGGUCUUUUCCUUGCACCGGACUAUGACAUAUAUGUUAAUUUUAUCCCAAGAGAAACUCAAUAA